UUUGCAUCCACAUAAUAUACCUCCUAAAAAAUCACAACUCUCUGCUCUUUCAAUUCAAGAUAAUCUAUCAUUGUUUUUCCAUGAACUAUAGCAAGAAUGUCAGCAGCAUUAUGUUCAUCAUUUCGGGUAAUGUUGCCUCAGUGGAGAUACUGUAACAAGAACUUGCACUACUGGAUUUUGCCUCCUUCUAAAACAAAACUUAACUUCCUCUAUUUUCCAAUCUUCUCUUCUUUUACUGAUGAUGAUUCUGUCAAACCCAUCAAACAAAAUCAGGUUAUGUAUGACCCUUCAGAGGAGCUCUUUGGACUUGCUGCUGAUUUGCAGCCAAGGAAAGUUAUUUCUAGUGCUUCGAGUCCAAGAUCAUGGUUUGGCCCAAAUGGCCAAUAUAUAAGAGAAUUGCCUUGCCCAAGCUGCAGAGGAAGGGGCUACACUCCAUGUAUUGAAUGUGGAAUAGAGCGAUCCAGUUUAGAUUGUUCAUUGUGUAAUGGAAAGGGUAUGAUGACUUGUCAUCAGUGCGGUGGAGAUUGUGUCAUUUGGGAAGAGUCUAUUGAUGAAAGGCCUUGGGAGAAAGCUCGAUCAAGUUCCCCUUUAAAAGUAAAGGAAGACGAUGAAGUGGACAACUUAGACAUAAAGCUUGACUCGAAGAGGAAAACUAAGCGUGUCUACCAGUCUCCAAAUACAGAAGUCAAUUUGAAGAUCAGCAGAUCAUUAAAAAGCUUAAAUGCCAAGACUGGGCUAUUUAGUAAGAGGAUGAAGAUUAUCCAUGGCGAUCCCACGCUUCAUGCACAAAGAGUAGCUGCUAUUAAGAAAGCAAAGGGGACACCUGCUGCUAGAAAACGUGCCUCUGAUUCCAUGAAAGAUUACUUCCGCGAUCCAGAUAACCGUCGCAAGAGAAGUAUAUCCAUGAAAGGAGUGAAAUUUUACUGUAGAAAUUGUGGACAGGAAGGGCAUAGGAGUAACUACUGUCCAGAAAUUCGAGACAAUACAGAUAGACGUUAUAGAUGUCGAUUAUGUGGAGCAAAGGGUCAUAACAGAAGAACCUGCUUAAAGUCGAGCUUAAUUGUACCUAAGAAGAUGGUCAAGAUUAACCAUCAUUGCAGCAAGUGUCGAAGAACUGGCCAUAAUAGAAGGACAUGCAAUCAAAAGAAGAAAGAGACUAAAGUUGUUGCUACAAUUACUACUCGGGCAAAGAGAACUUAUAGCUGCAGUGUGUGCUUAGGGAAAGGGCACAAUGCUCGGACAUGUCUUCAUAAAAACAACUUCAAAAGAAGAUAGCUCUUUGUAAGGAAAUUCCUAAUGUCUGACUUUGUUCACAUAUAUCAAUUAAUCCAAUAUUCUGUUUCUUUUCUGAUA